AUGUCACGACAGUUCAAGCAGCCUCGUGCUUCGCUUCACGUUUCUCCCGCCGUGCUUUCCUCGCCCUCGCGGCAGCCUCUGCGCGCACUGGUCCUCGGAGGCGACGGAGGGAAGGGGGGGGAAGGCAGUCGGAGCGCCGCCUUCGAAGCCGGAGCCGGAGAAGGCGAGGCGAGUGGCAAAACAGAUACGCAUGCAAAGGAGAGGCUGGAGAGAGGAGACGACACGAAACCUCGCAGAUCGGGACUGUUCCGGUCCCUCCAGGGAGACAGUGCAGGAACAGAAGACGAGACUUCAGAAAACGAGCGACGCCUACACAGGCCUCCACCUCGUCGAUCGGGAGGCAGCAGCGCUACGGACUCGCUGAGGUUUCUGGAGCGCGAGGGAGAGGAGAGAAAGAGGAAAAACGAGAGGAAGAAGAUGAAAGCGAGCAGCACGCACAGCGCAAGGCAACGGAGGGAAACAGAAGGAAGUGAAGACGGCGACGGGAGUCCCCGUCUUCUUGGUCGACAUCUUUCCACCUUUUCUUCCAUCCCUCGUGCCUCCGCACACAGGGUCACUCCUUCAGUUUCGAAGUCUUCCAGUUCGUUUUCGAAUCUCGUCUCUGCUUCUUCCUCGUCCUCUUCCUCUUCUUCGUCCUCGUCCUCUUCCUCUUCUUCGUCCUCGUCUUCGUCUUCGUCGUCUCCCUCUUCCUCUUCUUCGUCCUCGUCCUCUUCUUCCUCCUCCUCCUCGUCUCACUCCUCUGCUGCGCCUGGUAUUGUGACGGGCUGUCUCGCGCCUUCCUGGCUGCUGUCAACGCUGGGCGUCUCUCCGGUGGGCGUCGCCGCAGUUUCGUCUUCCUCGGGUGUAGCGACAGCUCGCACGGGGGCAGCUCUGGGGACCGCAAAAGAGCAAAGAGCUGCGCUCCGGACGGCGUCGGACGCGUCUGCUCGCGAAGACAGCAGUGCAGGUGAGGCGGAAUGGAGGCUUGCGCGAGUGAAGGGAGGCGCGAGAAAUAGAAAGUCCGAGCGAGUAGAGAGAAGGGAGCAGGGCGGGGACGAGCCGGAUCGGGGGGAUCCCCACGGGAGAAGUCGCGGCAAAUCACCUCGCCGACGAGGCCGAGACGACAGAGGGAGCGAGAGGGACGAUUGCGGGGUUCCGGAGCCUAGAGAAGAGAGUGAAGACGACGCAGCCUCUGGAGGUGAGAGAAAGAGGAGAAGGUACCAAGACCAGAGAGGAAGACGCGAGACUCGGGCUUCCCGUGAGUCGGACUUGGAAGAAAGGGGUGUCUCAUCCCGCGGCGAGGCGUCCAGGAGGGCGCGCUCUUCGUCUCGCGCGAAAGAGAAGAGAGAGGAGAGGACACCAGGCAGUGAGGGGGAAGACGGUUGCGAUGGAGGGAGGGCCGAGUUCCAGGAUUCGGUUUCGGAGGUGAAGAAAGGCCGGCGGGGGGAGCGCGAGAAGUCGAGGAAAGCCAGAAAAGACGCGAAACUCGGGGCAAAGAAAAGCGAGAGAAAUCCCGCCGUCGCAUCGCUGACUUCGCCUUCACUUCUCCUGUAUCCUCCGUCCACCCUCUUCACGUCCACUCGUCACGCUUCCACGCUGCUUCCUUCCCACUCCCGAAGCUUUGGGGCCGGAAACUUCACGCCUUCGCUGGUGAACGCGCGACUUGACGGACCCGCCAUCGGUGCGGGGCUUAUCUCUCGGCUUCCACUCGAAGCUUCUCUCUCUCUGGGCCGAGGUUUGGACAAUCGAGACCGCGAGAGAGAACGGGCCGUGUCAGAUGCGAGCAGCCAGGUGCCGAGUCACGCUCCCCACGAACGCGCCGAAGGUCUCGCCGCCACUUCUGUGACGGAGGGGGAAACGGACUUGCCUCAGAUGAAGACGGGGUCUCCGCCGCCGUCGCUGAGCGCUUUGUUGCAGGUGUCAGCUCCUGUCGCGUCUGGCGAGGGGAAGAAGAGGGAAAAGGAGAGAAAAGAAGGCAACGGAGAGCGAGAGCCGACGACAGAGUCACGAGGCAGAGCGGAAGACGAAAACGCGAGGAGCGAGACGAGGCCAACUGACACACGAGCGCAAGGCGAGGAAGAAGGCGCGGAAGAAGGGGAGCGUGAGGGGCGUGAAGGCUGGGUGGUUGACUGCGCGGAGGACGGUGCAUUGGACGCCUCAUUCCAGCUUGCGGGUCAGAGUGGAGCUGUGUGUACAGCGGAGGGAGAAGACGCACAGGAUGAACCUGACGCCGGAGAUGCUUCGAGGCCUGCGGAAAGCAGGAAGAGAAAGACAGGCAGAAGACGGACAGUCGCGUGCUGCUCCGUGGGCAUUCAGUGGGAGGAACCGGCGGCCGCUGUAGCGGUCGAGGGAGAAAAGACCGGUCGCGACAGCCCCUUCCCGUCCUUGUUGCAGGAAGAAGAAAGCGAGCACGAAAGAGAACGGAAAGAAUUUCUGCGCUUCUGUCAACAACUGCAGCCCUCCAUGGCCUCGCUGUCUUCCGCCCUCUUCGUCCAGUCUCUUUCUCCGUGUGUCUCCGCUGCCCGCAAAGAGUCGCACCCUGUCGAGGCGAGGGACGGGGCCGGACGCUUCUGUUAUCGAAACGACGAGGCUUUGCCUUCUCCGUCGCUUGUCGAGUCCCCCCGGGCUGGAGAAGAGACGGAGAGUCUCGCGCGGCUUGGCGCGAGUUCCUCUCCUUCGCAUCCGAGGUAUCCCCACGCCUUUCCUCUGUGUGGUGAGCCUUCCUCUCCUUUCUCUUCUGCUCUUGCCUCGGCCUCGCCACCUGCGUCUUCGCCUGUCCCUGUUUCUUCCGGUCCUGCGUCGUCGCCUCUGGAUCCGCUCCUUGGCGUGUCGUCGUUUGGCAUUGCACCCGGGGCUUUGUUUGGAGAGGCGCAACUCGCCGCGAGGGGGUCUGCGACGGCCGCGAGUCUUGGCGCGCCCGGCUUUGAGGCUCGAAGGGAUCCUGAGCCGGACGGUCCGCAGAGAGAGGAAAGCGGAGAUGAAGCCGAGAGAGAAAAGGCGGCCGCGCUGUGGAGACUCGAGGAGCUGAAGCAGCUGGGGAGACAAGUCAGUUUGUGGGGCGAAAGGAGAUUCUUGUCGGGGGCCUUUUUCGGGAUCGACGGCGGAGAAGACCGCGCGGAACUUCUCGAGCAACUGGGCGUUCAGCUGGAAGACGAACAGGAAGGAUUCUCGGACCGACAAGAAGACGACGACGAGGAUUUUCAGGAGUCCGUUCAGCAGCAAUUGCUCUUCUUUCAGCGUAUCCAGCGCGAGCAGCCUGAUCUGUUCCCGCGGACGCUCCGCCAGAAGAAAGAAAGGCAAGAAAAGCGCGAGGGGGGUGAGAGCGACGCAGCGGUCGCGCCUGCCUGUUCACCUUCCUCGUCGCCUGCCACGCCACAAGGGAAGAAGCGCGCGGACGAGAAGAGCGGCCUGCCUGGGACCAAGGAAAAGGAAGAAGACGCAUGCAGUGUGCACUCUGAUUCAACGGUUUGCCUGCCUCCGUACUUUUAUGUCGCCCUCUCGCCCUCGGGCGUUUCUCCGCAUUUGAAGCGACGCCCCUCGCCGGGAAAGCGGCACCCGACUGCGGAUCUUUUUUCGCGAGACGCGCAGGAAGAUGAAGGCCUUCUGCCAAGUGUCCGGAAGUGUACAGGCAGAACGGAGGGCGCGGCGCUCUCUGCGUCGUCCGCCGACCCCAGCGGAGAAGCCCCGGCUGAGGAAACCAGAGCGGAUGUUCGGCGUCGAGAGGUUGCGGAGCAUGCACUCUUCCUGCAGCGCAGACACGAGACUCGCCUGUGGCGCAGAUUGCUGGAGGGAGACGAGGGAGAAGAUUUGCCGGGAACGACAUGUCCUUUCGAGCGCGUGCGACGAGCGAGGGUCAGUGCGCCUGCGGGUGUCGCGCUCGAUUGCUGGCUGCCGCAGCGAGCGGCGGAUGUGCAAGGCGACCUCGAGACACAGCAAGGAAGAGGAGGAGAGUCCGAAGAGACAGAAGAACUCGCAACGCGGGACGCAGUAGCGAUAGGAGAGGAUAGAGGUGAGGUCGAGGACGAAGGGAAGGAGGCGGCCGACGAGCACGAGGAGGAAGACAGACCCCGUGAAGAAGGAGAGAGAGAAGAUGUGAGCCGCGCGGCGCGUGUGGCGGGGUCUGAUUUGAACGACGAUGACGGGAGCGAGAAGGCGGAGACAGAAGAAAAUCCGCUGGCCGAGAAUACGCUUCUUUCUGUUCCUUCGUCCGGCGUCGCGUCUUGCAGUGAGAGAGAGACAGACGAGGAGAUCGAGAACGACGCUGAAGGUGAUCUGAGAGGGGACGGUGAGGCCGUCGAGGGCGGGGCAGCGCGGCGCUGGCUCUUACUCGCGAGUGGGCGUCACAAUGUCGCAAGAGAGACCUUGAGCGAAGCGCGCGACAUCGCUGGCGACGGAGCGCCCCCGGAACAGCGAGAGAGAGAGAGAGCGCGGCCAGAAAAGCCCGUUGCAGAGGAAGACAGACAAGAUUUUUUCGACAGUGCGCGGGGCGAGGCUGACCUCGAAGCGAAAGAAGGGAGGGACGAAGAGACAAAGGACAGAGAAGACCAGCCUCCCGUUUUACCGUCUUUCCCUCUCCUCGAGGCACUGGCUUCAGCGGCUGCUUCACCUGACGCGCUGCAACCUGCCGCAGCCUCACUUCUCGACUCUUCUUCCGGUCUUGGACAAGUGUCUCAGCGUCGGUCUCCGCUGCACGCUGCUCGAGAUCUCGCGACGCCACAGGCAGGCACGGACGCCGGUUCCUGUCCCGUUGCUUCGUCUGUGGAUUCCUUCGCAGCCCCGUCUCCGAAAGGUUGCCUCGGCGCCCCGUUUGUGUGUCAGGCGACGCCCUUCCCGCAGGAGCGUGAAGAAACGUCGUUCUCUUCCGGUGCGGGGGCUCGCAAUGGCGAAGAGGAGGGAGGAAGAGAGAGCGAAGAGUGUCUGGACACUCUCCUCGCGAGGCCGGCGACAGCAGAAGACGCCGAAGGUGAAGAGCGGGAAACUCGCUAUUCUUGCCAGGCAGAAGAGAGCGCGACGGGGACCGUGCUCUCGUCGGCUGUCUGCGGGUCCGUCGCGGUCUCUUCAUUUCAAGAUGGGAAGAAAGUCGAAGAUUCUCACGUUUCCGAGCCAUCCUGGGCAAGUGCGCAGCUGUCUGGGAGCGGGGAAGAGAAGGAAGGGCCGGAAGAGGAAGAGGCGUCUGCCUCACCUGGCGGGUGUGAAAACGUCGCAUUUCUCUCAGAGUCAAUUUCCGAUACUCACUCGCUUUCUUCCUCUUCGUUCGAGCACUCUGCGUCUGCCAGUUUUGUGGGGUUGGAAUGUGCGCGGACAGAGACAACACUGUUCGCGUCUCAUCCACAGAACGGAGAAGUGAGGGAAGAAAUUCUGGAGCGACAAGGGGCGGCGGCAGAUGCAGAUGGAGGAGCGGGCAACGCGCAAGGGGGGUACCGGUCCGCAGAGUCGCCAGGCGGAGACCCCUGCGAGCAAGAGAGCGCAGGAAGACGAGGACACGGAGUCGAAGCCCGCAUCUGUGGCGUCUCUCAGAAAACGGAAUCUGGUGGAGGGAAUAUCGAAGAGACACAAGAGGAGGCGAGCGUCUCCCAGAGAAGCGCCGGACGGGACUGCGAGGUUCCCACGCCCAGAGAAGUGGAGGAACGACGAGAGAAGACCUGUGAAGGUCUGGGCGACAAGGAAGAGGGAGAUGAUUCUCAGAAAGAAGAAAGACAAGACGAACGCAGAAGAGGACAGAUGCAACCGUCCAGCAGUGCCUGGGCGGGGGGUUCUGAGAGCGAGUACGCUCAAGACGGCGAGGGAACCGAGGACGGUCCGAGAGACAGCCAGGCCUCGAUACGCACUGACCGAAACGAAGGCCAGACCCAUCACACGGCGUGUGUCUCUUCGCUGGUUUCCAAUUUGGAGCUCUUUUCCUCGCCGCAGCGUUCCUCGUGUCGCUUCUCCCGUUCUCCUCUUCUGCAUCACGCGUCGACGCCGCUCCCUCUCGAAGUGCAGACUCCCACUCCGUUGAAAGAAAUCACACCUGACGGGGCAGAGAGACAGGAGACACCGGUAGAGGACGGGAGACAAGAUGGCCAGGAGGAGGCAUGGCGACAGGAGGCACAGGCAGACGGGGGGAGGAACGUCAGGUCCAACGCAGAGAGCGAGGAGAGAGAGGAGGCGCGAUGUUUGGAGUCGGAUCUGGGGGGAGAGACCCACGGCUCGUAUGUGAUGAGAUCAGAGGAGUCUUCUGAAGAAGAGGCGAGCGUUUCUCGCUUCUCUUCCGUUUCGAGUUCCGCGUCUUGUGUCGCAAGAGAGGCUGAGCCGAGUGGUGUUUCUGAGCAGAGACAGCCCGGUGCGGUUUGUGUCGGUUCCGCGUCGAGUCCAGAAGAGAAGGAUUUCUCCGAGGUCGUUUCGUCCGGGCUUUUGUCUCCGCACUUUCGGCUGCCUGCGCCGUCUCCCGCGUUUCUCGCAGCCCUCCAGGACUCACCGCCGGCGCCCUCUGAAGCUUCGGCCUCCUCCGGACUCCUGUCCGCAUGCCUCUCGCCGUGUCCCUCCUCGGGCUCUUCUUCCUCGCCCGUCCUUCCGCUGCCGGCACCGUCUCCGCUUUUCUCUCCCUCCUGUUUGCACUCCCGGGCCCUCGAGGGACUGCGGCGCGGCGCGGAGCUCGAAGAGCGGGGCGAGGAAGUGGGGGCGGAAAAGGCCAACAGGGAGACGGCCGUCGCGCUGCUCGAGCCUGCGGGCGACCCGAGUGCGCGGAGAGGAGGCGAUCCAGGUUUGGAGGGAGGAAAGGUGGCGGCGUCCAUCCGGGCAUUGCCUGCAAAAACUGCAUCCACUGCGGGGGGCUCUGCGCGACGCGACGGCAGAGGGCGAGUGGCGGACCAAGUCGCUCGCAGAGAGCGACGCGCAGCCGACAGACGCGCCACGUCUUCCAGAGAGCGAGGCAGUCGCCUCUGGGGGAGAAGCGACAGCGAGAGCAGCCGAGAGCGCGAGAGGCGACGGAGGCAGAGAGACGGCAGUCCCUUGCGUUUGGCGCACGCAGACGAAGACGACCGGACGCAGGGCGAGCAAGAGCGAGAGGUAGAGGAGGGGAGGACGCGUGGAGCGUCGCGGUGUGCAGAAGCCGAAGAGAGACGCAGAAGCCCCGAAGACGCAGACGAGGACAAAGACGAGUGCGUUCUGAUUGCGGGUCCGGUUCGCGACCGAGGCGCGGAGGGUCGGCUGUCGAUUUCUGGAGUUUGCGCGGCUCUGGAGAGAAGGAUGGAAGAGAGUCGCGAAACCACAGAGAGCGCAGCGCGACAGAACGAAAGUGGAGGCGCCCGCGAGCAGGACGUUCUCUCUUUUGUGCGACAAGAGCAUCGAAGGAAAGCCUCCACGGACCAGUCCUGCGCAGAGCCGGCGUCGCCCUGGGGCUCGACUGUGUCCGACAUGUCGACUCGCCCCGUUGUGCAUGCGGUCUCGCCUCCCCACCCGUCUCUUGCUCGCACAUCCGUUUCCCCUAGCGAACGGUCGGCCGCCCCGCAAAACUCCGUUUCUUCUCUGCCUUCUCUGCGGCCUUCGCCGGGUUCUCGGCGAGGAAGCAGCCCCGUCGAGACGGACGCGUCUCUGUGGUCCGAGUCCGGUUCUUCUCCGCCGGCGAAGAAGCAGAAGGCCGUCGUGUGUUUGGAGACGGAGACGGCGCUGGGUCUCUCGCCUGGCUCUUUGGAGGCAGGCGACUCAGACGGCGCGGGUGCGCGCGGGACAGCCCAGACGCGUAGGGGCGGAGACCUGGAAGGAAGCGGCCUUCCGGCGUCGAGCUGUAGCCCGCGCGCGGCGGCUUCUGGUUCCGGACUCUCGCCAGCGGACAAGAGACGCGAGAGAGCGGCGGAGAGACGCACGUUCUCGCCGCCGCAGGCGGCUGUGCUGGUUCUCAGCGACGAAGAAGAAGAGCCUUCGCGAAUCGAGGGCGCUCGUCCUCCGGAGUCACGCGAAGCGGCUUUCGACGGAGAGCGGGAGGCCAGAAGGGUGGCGCAUGCAGGGGAUGCAGGAGACAGAGAGAAAGAGGAGGAGCGCGAGGCCGAGGCGGAGGGUAGCGAAGACGUGGCCGCGAGGAUGGCGCAAAGCGAGCGAGACUUGGCGUGUGGUCGGACGCAGAGGGAAGGGGCCAGGAAGGUGGAAGAACGGGGCGCCGGACAGAGGAGAGGAACGGACGAGGGACGGGACGAAGAGGAGAGACGCGAGAGAGUGCUUGAGAGGAGAAGAGUGCGGCCAGACAUCGAACCGAGUCGUCCACGCUCCGAAGGCGACAGACUCGCCCUCCGAUCGCCGUCGCACGGAAAGCCCGCAACACGUUCGGCAACCGGAGAACGGUGGAAGCUUUCUCGAGAGGACCAAACUGCGCUCGCCGGGUUGUUGCAGAGACUCGGCAAAACGCGAGGAAACGACGGCGACGUGAUCGUCCAUCGCGCCGGCAUUCCUCUGACUGUAAAAAGCCUCAGGGGCUUAUUGCCAGGAGGCCUUCUCGACGACGAAGUGAUAAAUCUUUAUAUGGUCCUUCUUCAAGAAAGAAACGACCGCAACGUCAGGGCUCAGAGCCGAUCGAUAGCGUCGCCUCCUCGCCGGUGUCAGUUUUUCCCCUCUCACUUUUACGCGAGUCUGCGGAAAGGCGGCUUCGACAGUGUUCGACGCUGGACGCUUCGGAAGAAAGUGGAUAUUUUUGAGCAAGAUGUCCUGGUCUUCCCGCUUCACGUGGUUGCCGAGACGCACUGGGCGCUCGGAGUCGUCAAUUUCAGAGAUCGCACUCUGGAAUACUACGACUCUCUGGACUACCAAGAGGAAGGACGCGAGUUUGGAGACAAAAUCAGAGAGUACCUGCGCUGCGAACACCUCGACAAAAAGAAACUGCCCUUCGACGCGGAAAAGUCGCUUCAGCCCCUCGUGAAGAAAGUUCCGUACCAAGAGAACUCGUCCGACUGCGGAGUGUUCUGUUGCCAAUUCGCGGAGCACCUCGGCGCCGGCCGCCUCGCGUUUGACUUCGGCCAGGCCGAUAUCACCCCUCUGCGCUAUAAAAUGAUGCUUCAGCUGUGUCAAACGUACGUCGCGUGA